GCAGGGCCCCUAUCUCCCACACAUAAGGGCACUGGGGUUUCUGAAGGUGUACCAUGCCAGUGUCGGAUCGACAUUGAAGUGUUUCGAAAGCCUAACUAACAACAAAAGAUGUCAGAACAAACCUUUUAAGCUCAACUGCAAUGGAUGACUUAGACCACAGUGUGCUGAUAGCAGAGCAGGACUGGGACUGUUUCUGUACAGAGAGUGAGGAAUGUUCCGUUCAGCAGGCUACGCUUGCAGCUUUAGAUGAGUCUGGCUUCAGUGACACUGACGAUGACAAAACCUUUGUCCAUGUGUCAUCUGUUCCCACCCAGACCAGCCCUGACCAACUCUGUGAAGAAAACAGCAUAGAAGGACAAAAGCAGCAUCAAAUAGGAGAAUGUAUAUCAGAACAUAAAUCUGAGAAUUCAGAGUUUACUGAAAAUCCUAGUCCUAAUACAGAGCCACGGAAUACCAGGUCUGCUGAUCAGAUGUCUGAUGCUGGGGCAAAUGUAUCGGGUGCUAUAUAUGAAGACAGCGAUCUGACUGAGAAAUUAAACUUAAGAGGAAAUUGUGAUGAGAAUGGUGCGAAUAAAUCAAGCCAAGCCACAAAGCUUUCUGAAAUGUCUGUAGAAGUAGAAAACAAUGAAAAGAGUAUAGAAGAUAUAGAAAUGUUAACUGAAGCGACAGACUGUUCAACAGUGGCCAAAAAAGAAAAGGAACGUUGGUUUGUGACUGUAAAUGACAGCCCAGUCCGUCUGAGAGUAAAGGAUCCCACCUCAAAAAAAAAAAGAAGAAAAAAAAAAACUAAAAAAUUCAGACAGAAUACUGGAGUGAUGGAGAAGUGCUCUUCCUUAAAUAACAAUACAGAACCAGAUGAAGAAACUACUGAGAGACAAAUAACGCAGGAGAAAUUCGAAAGAGAAAAUACUGAUUUUUACCCAAACGAUAUUCAAAGUGUGCUUCAUAUACAAGAUAUUAAUUGUAUUUCGCUCACUGGAUCAUCGGAGUGUGGCGAGAAAAAAACAAGCUGUCCUAUUAGUCUGAAAAAGGAAAGCAUAACAGAAAUGCCAGAAGCAAAAUUAGAAAGAAAUCCUGUUGACUCUCUAAAUUCACUUUUAACCAAACAAAUGCCACAGACCAUAUUUAAAGACCUCACUGGCUCACUGCCACAGUACUGUGAUCAUGAAAGCGCAGUGCGUGAUAAAUAUGACAAGUCCAUAGUAGAAAUUAACUGUGAAUGUCAACAUGCAAAUGAUCAUUUAAGCAUCAACACAGAGAUCAAAAAUCCCAGGUUUAUUUUAGGUGUCUCUAACCCCCCUGCUCUAUCAGCUGCUGAAGAAGAAAAUACAGAACAUCAACAAACACAAUCCUCCAGUAGCAGUGCAAAGACUUUAGGUCCAACUCCACCCAUAUUUGCCAUUUCCUCCUUUUGGGAUGAAAUGGAAAAACUGACAAUAAAUGAUAUUUUGCAACUUAGAACAGCCAAUACCAAGAGAGAAAUGAUCAUUUCAGAAGAAAACAGGCCUGUGGUCACUGUCAACGCUCUUCCUCUAACUAGAGGUGAGGUGGAAUAUAAAGAUGAUGGUUUGGAAGAUGGCCUGGUAGACGACGCAGCAGAUUCAGACUAUUUCACACAUUUGGAUGACUCUAAACCAGACCGAUCGAGCUGUGAAUUCUCAACUUUCUCUGAUUUCGAUGAAGAGUUUUUACAACUUCUUCAUGCAAGUGCUAACCCUAGCCCUGAACCCCUCGAAGGCAAAGAACAAACCCAAAGGUUUCUUGAGUCUAGCAUGGAUUCAGAAGAAACUUGGCGGAGUGAAUCAAAUGAGAUGGUGAAGCUGUGUCCUGAGAAUGAUCCCUCGCUAUAUUUGUAUUCAGAGUCAGAAGCUGAGAUGCAGGACAUAUUUCUAAUAGCUAAAGAGGACAGGAACAUGAAUGCCUUUCUACUGGACCACUGUAGCACAAGGAGAUCAACGCCUUCACCAGUUUUAUCGAUUUCUGAUAUUCUCGACAAUCACUGUCUGCAGACUUUCUUUGAAAUCUUGAGAAGUGACACCGAAGUAGAGCAACACCAGACUUGGAUCCCAGAUAAAAGCACUUCGCUUUGUUUUUCAAAGAACUUAUCUGUGGCUGAGACUUAUGAUGACUUUUUCUCAGACUUGAAGUUGGGAUUUUCUUUUCCUUCAAUUCAAGUUUCGACAAAGAAUGAGAAAUCAUUAGUUCCUAUAUACUCCUCUUCUCAUUCAGUGGUGCAAGACCUAGAAUAUCCAGAGGUAGAAAAGGUGAUACCAUUGGACUGUGAAGACGAGAGUGCCCCAAUCCAAGUUAUGAGUUGUGCAAGGCCCUCUAAAACAUCAAACAUGUGCUUUAUCACUAGUACCUGGAGAAACCUUUCUUUGAGACGCACCAAACUUUUAAUGGGAAGGACCUGGUAUAGGAUGGCCAACUCUUGGGGUUUUCCCAAGACAGCUGAAACAGUCUACGGUUAUAGAACCGGAAGUUCUUCUAUAGCUCAGAAAGCUUUCAGACCUUUUCUAGAGAACCAGGCCCUUGGUCAAAUGACAGAACAUCAGAUACGUGUUGGGACAACAGUCGCAGAUGCAGAUAGAGAUUGCUUCCUUUUUUCAUUAAAGCAAACAGAUAUGUGUCUUGUUUGCAUCGCUUUUGCAUCGUGGGUACUAAAGUCAAGCAACCCACAAUCUACAGACAUGUGGAAAGCAGCUCUUCUGGCAAACGUGAGCGCGAUAUCUGCCAUCCAGUACUUGCGGCGAUACGUAAAAGAAGGAUGAACCAUAAAAAUCUAGUAUUAGAGCUUUCUGAGGAUUUCUCACAAGGGGCCAGUGUACAGGAAAUGGUUAAUUUUGCACAAAUUCACAACAAACACUUUAGUAAAUACACAUAUUAGAUUGUAUUCCAUAUUUACUAACAGUCUAAUAUUUUCAUGUUUAAUAUAUCCAUGUUACAAAAUAGGUGUUCAAUCAAUAAAUAACUUAUCAAAGGACAAUUUUGUUAAAGAAAAGCAUACAAAGCAAAGGAGGAAACAUUAGUUUUUUUCCCGUACAAACACUUGUUCAGUUAGAAGACAUAUAUUGCUUUAGAUAUUAUGUUGAUAUGGACCAGAAAUGACAACUGGUAAGUUUUGCGUCAGUUAUAUUCAGGACUCAAGCUGUGCUAUACAUAUUUAUGUAAUUCACAAGUAAACUAUUUUGCAGUGUACAUAUAAAAAAAAAAAAAAAAAAAAACAUUUUCAAUGAUAAUCACUCUAGAUGUAUCUAUUAAAUGCAAAAACAUCAUGCGGCCAAAGCUUAAAAAAAAAGUUCAUAUAGUUUUUCAGUGAAGAAACCAAUUUAAGCACAUUUCAUGAAGAAUAUAAAUUUGCACAUAAAAUAUAGUUGGAAGUUAAGGAGGUAUCAGAAAGCGCCAGAAAAAUAUGACUGCUGCUGAAAGUCAACUAUUUCUAUCACACAUAAGCGAAGACUGAUGUCAGUGUGAUACAUGUAUAUAAAAUAGCCUCAAAAAUUGUGCUUACAAAAAACUAAUUAAUAUAUACUAAAAGAAAAUGUACUAACGAAAAAAAUUCUAAAGAUCUGAGUUCAUGUGUUAAUGGAUGAGUAAAAAUGAUUCAAGCUGUUUGAAAUAAUCAUGCAUUUAUCACUGAAAUUAAAAUUU